GACGUAUGUACAGCUAUAUUUGUAUAAACAAUUUACUACAACUUACUUAAGCAAGCAGUAAAUGUUACACCUAUAAAUCUGGAAGACAAACAGCCUUUCAUCACACAGCCUCGUCUUUUGCCUUCAAGUUAUACACCUGCGCCAAGACAUCUCGUCACGAUCCCCUUUUCCCUGUAAACAAGUUUCCAAAUUUAUUGGAAAAUAAAAUGCUAAUAAAACGUCUGGUUUAGAAAUUCAAUGCUAAUUCAAAAAAAAUAUAAAGGAAGAAAAUGACAGGCUAUGUGUAAGCUAUUAGCCCAACCGGUACACAGCAACUCUCAAUUACUAACCACGCAGAACUGCUUAGAGGACUUUCAGCCCUGGACAACAGCCAUCGAUGAAGGCAUUUUUUAUGAAAGUUAUUCUGCAACACCACAGCCCACGUGACUUGAGGUUGGCUUGGAAUGCGAACGCGAGACAGAAAGGGAGAGACUGCAAGGAGUUCCUGAGAGUCAAGUGGAGCCCAGAAGGCUGUGCAGCUUCUCAGCAGCAACUACUGCCUUUACUUUCUGAAGUUGGUGCAUGUGAGUGAACUCCUACACUCGUCUGAGCAUCACGGCUGUUUGCAUCUGGAAUGUAGGGUUUAGCAGUCGGCUUUGCACAGAUUAUUGGCGUAUCAUUUUAACGUGCCAGUCGUCUGUCCUGCACUAGGCAUAGGAUUUACACCAGUCUAUCACCAUGCCGGAGCAGAUGAGCGUUUCGGAAUUUCUGGCAGUGACCACUGAGGAUUUGCAGUGCACGUCUGGUAGCGUCUCCAGCUUCUACCCCAGAUUGGGCGACUGCAGGAAUACCGUGUUUGCCUUGGAGGAGGUUCUGGAAAAUGACCAAGCAAUCCUUCAGAGAAUGAGAAAGAAUGUGAAAGCUAUUCAUCUGUCGGGACUUGCACAUACAGAUAAUGAGGAGCAGUAUAUAGACAUUUUGGAGACCUUCGGCAACAAUCAUCUAUCCCAGAACAACCACAUGCUGUCCACUGGGUUUCUGAAUCUUGCUGUUUUCACCAGAGAAGUAGCAUCUCUUUUCAAAAACCUGAUCCAGAACUUGAAUAAUAUUUUAUCCUUCCCACUGGAUAACUUGCUGAAGAUCGAGCAAAAAGAGGGGAGACUGGAUGCAAAGAAGCAAUUUGAAAAGGUCUGGAAGGAGUAUGAAACCAAACUGACUAAGAUUGAAAAAGAAAAGAAGGAACGAGUGAAGCAGACUGGUCUAAUCAGAGUAGAAAUGAAUCAAUCGCAAGUAGUUGAAGACAUGGAGAGAGAACGCCGAAUGAUCCAACUGCAGAUGUGUGAGUACCUACAGAAAGCCAACGAGAUCAAAUUGAAACAGGGAGCUGAACUGCUGCAGAGCCUCAUCAAGUAUUUCCAUGCCCAGCACAACUUCUUCCAAGAUGGCCUUAAAGCAGCUCAGAAUCUUAAUCCUUUCAUAGAAAAGCUGGCGAGCUCCAUGCACACGCAGCUGAGGCAGGAACAUGAUGAAGAGAUGAAACAGCUGGCCCAGAUGCGAGAUGCCCUUCGGGGGAUCCUUCAAGUGCAGCAAAAGGAGGAAAAUCUGAGUAGGAAGAACUCUGGCAAUGGCUACAGCAUUCACCAGCCCCAAGGGAACAAGCAGUAUGGGACGGAAAAGUCUGGUUUUCUGUUCAAGAAGAGUGAUGGUAUCCGAAAAGUUUGGCAGAAGAGAAAAUGUGGUGUGAAGUAUGGGUUUCUUACAAUCUCGCAUAGUACAAUUAACAGACCCCCAGUGAAACUCAGUCUUCUCACAUGUCAAGUGAGGCCUAACCUGGAGGAAAGGAAAUGCUUUGAUCUUAUCACACAUAAUCGGACGUACCAUUUCCAGGCUGAAGAUGAGCAAGAAUGUCUUGUGUGGGUAUCUGUACUGCAAAAUAGCAAGGAUGAAGCCCUCAACAAGGCCUUUAAGGGGGAGACAGAGAAUAACUACACAGACACGGGCUUGCAGGAUCUCACCAAAAUGGUGAUCAGUGAGGUUAAAAACAUGCCAGGAAAUGAAGUCUGCUGUGAUUGCGCGGCCCCUGAUCCAACUUGGUUGUCAACCAACCUGGGAAUCCUCACAUGUAUAGAAUGUUCUGGCAUCCAUCGAGAGCUGGGGGUACACUAUUCCAGAAUACAAUCCCUUACUCUGGAUAUGUUAACAACAUCUGAGUUGCUGCUUGCCAUCAGCGUGGGUAAUGCAAGGUUCAAUGAAGUAAUGGAAGCUGCUCUUCCUGCACAGAACAGCUGUAAGCCAAUUCCUGCAAAUGACAUGAUUGCAAGAAAGGAGUACAUUACAGCAAAGUAUGUAGACCGCACAUUUAUCAGCCGACCGAGUGGGGAUGAACAUUACAGGCUUUAUGAAGCAAUCCAGAGCCAAGAUUUGCUGGCACUGCUGCAGGCUUACAUGGAAGGACAUGACCUAGGAAUGCCACUCGAAGCCCCAGAAGGACAGGAGGAAACUGGCGAGACAGCACUUCAUCUGGCAGUAAGAGUGAGUGACCGACUUUCCCUCCCACUAGUUGACUUCAUUAUUCAAAAUGGUGGGGCACUGGAGAAAACAACCAGUAAAGGGAACACUGCUCUCCAUUAUAGCUGCAUUCAUAACAAGACAGAAUGCCUGAAACUUCUGUUGUUGAAAGGGAAGGCUACUCUCAUUGCAGUAAACGGCGCUGGAGAAACUGCUCUCGAUAUUGCAAAGAAGAAUAAGUACAGUCAGUGUGAGGAACUGCUAGAGCAGGCCUUGACUGGAAAGUUCAACGCUCACAUUCAUGUGGAAUAUGAGUGGGACAUGCAGCAAGAAUCCCUCGAUGACAGUGAAGAUGAUUUGGAUGAGAAGAUCAGCCCACUGAACCAGUCUUCAAGAUCUCUACCACUUCCAUCUACAGUUAAGCCCCAGAACCUGCCCCCAAAUCGCUGGAGCUUUGCUGGCACAGACAUCACCAACAAAACCUAUGAGUCAAUUGAAUUUGUCUCCAGACCACCAUCACAGAAGGCAAACAGUGACGAAAUGCCUCCACCUCUUCCACUGAAGAACUCCUAUAAAAAUCGUAAAGAAAUGCCGCGUCAGACAUCUGAUCCACAACCAUGCUCUACCAUCGAUCCAAAGAUGACCCGCCAGUUUUCAACUCCACAAGCCUCCUCUGUUGUUGAUGGAGUAAGUCAGCGACUAUCCAGUAUCCUGAAGUCUUCCCAGGAAGUACUAACCGGAGGAAUCAAAAGUGCAGCGUACUGGGACAAUGAGGCCAAUGGACCAAAACCUGCAAGUCUUUCACCCGUCAGCUGUGAAAAAACUACAUCAUACAGACGUACCAGUAAUGGGUCCACUGGAAAAUCUCCAAGUCCACGUUUGUCACCUCAGAGCCCAAGUAGCCAAGAAGACUUGUUUAAUAUUGCAGUCAACAAUGUCCAGAGCUUUAGCCCCACGCAACCUCCUGUUCCUAUGCCAAGAAGACUUCCCCUGGUGAAAUCCAAACAAAAGAGAGUCAGGGCAACAGAAGACUACCGUGGGGAGAAGGCAGAUGAACUUAGCUUCAGUAAAGGGGAUGUUAUUGUUGUCACUGCCGAGGAAGAUGCACGCCGCUGGGUUGGAUAUGUAGAGGGGAGCACCAGCCGACAAGGAACCUUCCUGAUGUGCCACGUGCAGCAACUUUGUGAGUGACAGUGGAACACUGACAGACAAGUGAUCACUUCAGCAGUCACACACUGACACACUGGGAAGAUGUCACUGAGUGCAGCAACAAAACUAAGGAAACCGUUCCCUCUGAUUGUAAAACAGAGGUGAUGACAAGUUCUUAGCAUGGCAGGAGGUGUUCAUUUUGAUAUCUGAUCCCAGCCACGUGUCUUUGGAUCUCAUCUCCUCUAACGCCAUGUCUUUCGUCGAGCUGGCUUGGGAAAGAUUGGCAUGUGGACGCAAAUACAGUAGUACCUGUUAUAUUCUGCACUUUUGUCAGAAUGUUUUCCUAUUGUAAUUGAUGAUUUCCACAGACACAAUUGUUUUGAAACAGAAAAGUAGGUCUUUUAAUGAAAUUAAGCUUUGAAGCCUUUUGAUAGCACCUGAGCACUUGCAUCGGACAUGAAUCAGAUGCAUAGCGUGACUAAUACACAUUCAAAGAGAAGAUGUCUACAGCCGCAGUGGUCGACUUUGAACACUUCUAUGGCUUCAUCUUGUAUAUUGUUGUGGAAAUCCAUUGUGCUUUUGUGUUAUUUCUAAUCCUUUUAGCUUAUGCUUAUUUAGAUGCACAUUUGGAUAAGGUUGCUUAGAUGCAACUUUGGAUAAGGAUACUUCUGCGAUGAUCUAGUAACAGAACAUUGGAUGAACAUAAAAUACAGUGCAGAUAUUGUGAAAGCUGUGCUUAAAUAUAGAAAUCUGGAGAACCAAAGAAGAUUUACUUCUGUAGUGCCUUCUCUCUCUUUUAAUGAAAUAAUGUGGCAUUUUCACCAAGUUCUUUGUAUGGGAGCGGUGUCUAACAAGCAGAGCUACACAUUCAGGAUGUCUGAAACAGUAAGACAGUACUGUACUGUGAUGGUAAUUACCAUUGUAUUUUGUUUUCUGUUGCUUAAAUGUCUUCUACUGCCACAGUGUCCUUCAUCUUUGAGAUAUAAACCCAUAUUUUACCCACAUUUUGACAUUCCUAGUAGAAUUGUAAGUGUUCCUGGACAUAGUAAGAUUGAGGUUGUCACCCUGAUUCUGCUGUUUUUGAAGUAGGAUCAUAUACUAAGCUAUUCAUCUGAAAGACCUGGCUGGGAAGAUGCAGUGUAUAGGAUUGUUGCAUGUCCUUCUGACCCAGGGUUGUGGGUAAUCUACCUCUCUGGGGUUACCCAGUACUAAGCUUUAAAGCAGGGUUUGCAAAGGGCAUUUGCUAGGAAUCUAGCAUGUAGGUAACACACUGGUAGUGUGUGUAGUAUUACUGCAUGCUUCCUGCUGGGGUAGGUAGAAGAAAAAUAUCUAUUUCAUUGGUCCAAAAUAUGUAAGUAGGCUGUAAAUAAACAAAAGUAUUCCUAUGUGUAAUUCCUCUAAUCCCUUAUAAUCCCCAACUGUUGGUCUGAUGUCAGACCAGCUAUGAGAUAUGAUGAAAAGAGAGUAUGUGUUUGGUAACCAGCAGGACCAUAUGCCUCAGGCAUUAUGAUGGCUUUGAUAGUAGGGCUUUCUAACACUUGUGUGUUAUCCCACCUUCCCAUCACUUAUUACUGUGUCACUCUUCAUUAUCAUAUGAAAUCCUCAGUCAUGCAAACAUUUUCUCAGGCUGUUCCUUUCAGGAAAUUUUGACUUUUUCUCUCUCCUGUUUUGGUCUUAAAGAUUGCUUUAUGGUGCAUGACUGUGACUGUUUAUUCUUUUUCUCAUUUAUAAUUAGGCUGACCUUUAAUGUCUUUACUUCCUUUAGUGGUUAACCUUCUGAUUGGCGUUUUGGACCUUAGACCUUUCUAGGCCACAUCAAAGCCUUAUAUUGCAGUAGGGGGCCAUAUCUCUCUCUCACUGAUGGAUGUUUUUUUUCUUGAGAGAAGGACACAUAACAUGCCAUUGCUCUCUUUGCACUAAUUUUAAUGGAGAUACUCAAAAGUUAGAAGCUUCUGUAUGGGAAUAUUUCUGUUCUGAUGGUCCUUUUCCUUAAAAUAUACUCCAUUUUCUUGAAAUAUACAUGAGAUAGUGGCUUUACAGGCCUUGCUGACACACUACAGUUUUAUGGGGUGAGGGGGGGGUUGUAGUAAGAGUAACAGAAAUCCCCAGCUGGCACAGAAGAUGAUGAUUUACCAAAACUGGUCUGACGUUUCCUCAUUAGUCUGGUAAAAAACGAAGUUUCCAUUCCUGAGUGUCCAUUCUGUAGGGACAUCCCUUCCCUAGGGGUAUGCCAAACCCGCUUGAUAAUUAAGAGGAUGGCUUCAGCAACAAUAGUGCAGUUAUAAUGAGCUCCACUGACAGUAAAACAAACAAACCUCCGGAUAAUCUAGUUAGACUGCUAAUCAUCCUGGUUCUUCUUUUACAUGUGGACAUGCAUGUACAUAUCAAGGAAUUUGCCUUCUACUAUUCUCAGGGUUGUUUACAUAGCACUUCUGUACAAGUGGUCAUCUGCAUGGCACUGGUUUACGUUUCAUCCCUGUUGCAUAGAUGACAAAAAGCUGCAUGCUGUGGUGGAUAUGAUGUUCUUUGUUCAUGCGGUGGCCAAUAGUCCAGCAUGACUGUGAACUGAGCCAACACCGUACAGAGAUGGUUACAUUUUGACUGGAUUACAUAUCACAGUUAUCUUUGUCUAUAAAAACAUCCAUUUUAAAAUAACUAAUUGUGUUUUAUCACUUUUCUCUUCAAAGAAGUUAUUUUAAAGCUAGAAGAUUUGUGUUUUAAUGGACUGUCACAAGACUGUAUUGUGCUUUUAAAUGGAAGCACUUUUUCCCUUUCAGUUUAAAAGUUUAAAAUAACCGAAAACCAUUUUUCCUAUGGAAAAUUCGUGUUUAUUUUACUUUUGUGGACUGGCAAAAGUGUUUUAAAGUACAUUUCAAUAUGCUUUUCUGUGAAAAAAAUGACUUUAAAGACUUAGUUUUUACCAGCAUUUGCUGCUUGUUUUACUUGGGAGAGAGUCACCAUUUUCAGCUUGACCAUAGAACAAACUAAUGGCUAAUGUAUGCAAGCAUACAUUAUUUUGUUUUGACGGAAUUAGUAGUGUUAGUUAACAAGGUCCAGUACGUGAAAGUGCUCAGCAAGGCUUGAGAAUAAUUUUGUUAGAUAUGUACCCUUGGUGAUUUUAAGACAUUCCUUUAUGAAAUAACUCUGAGCAAGCACUCUGUGCCAUGUAGCAUUCAUAGCUUUAUUUACCUGCAUUUGACAGUAAUAUGAUUAGUUCAAAAUUUCAAAGAUCAGGUUUACUUCCAUACCCUUUAUAAGCAUGUACCACUUCCAAUGAUUCCCAUUCUUUGAAUGAGUUACCUUCAGUUAAGCUGCAGUUCAAAAUUUCAAGCAAUAGGUUCAGUUAAGAAUUCACCAGAUUUUCUCAAAUACAUAGUGGUGAUAUGUUCUUUUUCCAGGUUAGAGUGAUAAUUAGGUAGUGGGUAAAACAUACAGUGGUAUGAUAUUAGAGAACAAAAAUUCUCCAACAGGUUAGUAAUAUAUUGGUAUCUCUCUUUAAAAAAGAAGUCUGCUUUGAAGCACAAACUGAUUAAAAAAGUAAACAGCUGACAUUUGUUUGUACUCACUAAGCACUGCUGUUUAGAGUGUGUGAAAUAAAAUAUGUUCAGGUAAAAUGGAAAAAAUAAAUAACUCAAGUGGCAAAAAGUAACUACAGCAGCAAUUACAAGGAUUUGCCAUUUUACUUUCCCAGCGCUAACCACAUCUUAAAAAGGAAGCAUGACAAAAUAAAUGUGUGUGUGUGUGUGUGUGUGUGUGUGUGUGUGUGUGUGUGUGUGUGUGUGUGUAUACAUUAAAUCAGGGCCACUGUUAACAUUUUGGGGCCCCUAGCAGAAUUCAGGUUUUGGGCCCUCUGCAUAUUUCCAGCUUAAGUAUCACCCUGUUUCUGUCACCCCUCCUAAACAACCUUUUUAGUUUAUGCUGCAGAGUAGUUUGGAGCAGUAUUCACAGACUAAACUGUAGCUACAAUUCACUUACAACAAACCUACUGCCUACUCGUGUAUCCCUCACAUACGCAUCCUCCAGUGCUCCCCAUGCUAUGCACAUUAAUGUUUUCUUUGUUUUCUCACAUUUUGCCUUACUGUUCAGCUUUUUCUUCUGUGUCCUCUGAAGUCCAUUUUAAACUUUUUUCUUUUUAUACGACCUUUUCAUCCAAUAAUGACUUCAACAGAAGUUAUGGUCAAGGAAAGGAGUUCAGUGCUGCUAUUCAACUUUAGUUUUCUUUGCUUCCUUUCAACAGACCUUUUCUAACCAAGACGACGCAGUAGUAACUAUUUAGUAAAUAACUCAAUUAAACCAGGGCAUUUUCCCAAAAUUUUAAUCCAAUGAUGGCCUGAACAAAAAUCAUGAAUAAGAAAAAAAUUUUGGUCCUAUUUUUUUCUUUCAAGGAAGACAUACGUUGUGACAAGGCUUAAUGUUUAAAACUGACAAAAUAGUAGCUUGCAGUAAACUAACAAGGCAAUUGUGAAAAUACUCUAAUUCUGUCUAGGAAUACUGCCUGUCCCCUCCUCCCCACCACCAUAAAAAUAGUCCCUGCCAGUGCAUCUCUCUAGUGUUAGAUUGGGAUGAAAGCAGAAGUUUAGAUGGCCGCAGUCAUGUAUUUCAAAUGACUGGUGACAUACAUGUACAAAACAUGCCUCCUCACUCUUCGCUCCUAACCCCCAAAGGCAGUCACCUGUAUACAUGUCUGACGUGUGAUUGUGCGAACAGUGAAAAAAAAUGAUUACAAUAAUGUAUUACACUUUGUUGCAAUUAACUGCCCCUACAUAAGCCAUGGUAACUUCUUUGUACACCCCUGAGGUUUCUGAGAAAAGUGAAAGAAACAAUGAUGACACUUUCCCCAGAACCAACACAACCUGUAAAGACCUUCUGUGCACAUCAGUAAGAUUUGACUGUGAGAAAGGUUAAAAUAAUGAAUGCACCAUUGCCAGCCCCCUACGCAACCUGCAGCAACCUUCUGUAGACACCUCUGAGCAGGGCUUAUUUAGGGCAGUUCAGGGCAGAGGCCACUACUUAAGUCCAUGUCCAUUUACAGUCUGAGGUAUGGGAACCACCAGUCUCAUAGAAGCUGUAAAUGUCUUAAUGUUCUGUGAUGUAUAAUCUGCCUUACUUUUGAAAUAUAAUUGCUUGUUAACUGCAUUUUUUAUUCCUACCCGGAAGAGUUAAUCUGUGUGCCCAACAUUAUUGUCCCUAUGUGCAAAGUUUAAACACAGUUUUAUUUUACACACACACACGCACACACACAUACACACACGCACACGCACAGUGCACAUUCACCUUCAGAGAAACCUAAAGAAUUCUAGUACACUUGCUGCAUGUUUUUGAGCUGCUAGGGUUAACCAGAGCACACGGAUGUGCACACACAGACUGCACAUGUAAAAAAAACACAGCCAACAACUCAGCCAGAGAAAAGCACUGUGAAAUGGCAAUGUCCAGUUGCUUUCACACACACCCUCUUCCUGCCAAACCAUCGAAGAUAGCUACCUAUCAUGUGUAAGGUUUAUAUUUUUGAUGCAAGUGAAAGAAAAUAUGGCCAGCUUGUUACUCUUAAUGUACUGUAACCACAUUCCCCCUCCCACAGACACAAGCAUAAUGGCAGUGUUGAUGACGUGAAACAGAUUGUAGUCAACUUGUUACUCUUACCCUGCCACAGGCACACACACACACGCACACACACACACACACACACACACACACACACACACACACACACGUAUAAGCCAAAGCAGUACUAGUUUUGCUUGGAUUUCAGCAAUAGCAAUACAUUAUGCAACUCUUGUACAGACACACCAGGUCAGUGACUGUUGUUUAGCAGAUGUCAAAUAGCAGGGAUAAUUUAUUUACCUCAUUGAGGAGUAAUGCAUACUUGUCACUGUACUUAAUUUAACAGAAUGUCUCUGAUUUUUCCUCAUAAUUCUGCUCUGCCCCUCAUAAAAAGUUAGGUGUUUCUGAUCAGUUCAUUCAGGAUUAUAGACAGUCAAUAAAUCCAGAAAUCAGAAUUUCAUACUUAUUGUCCAAAAAAAUGGA